AUGAACGUCCCUAUACACUAUCAGCCUCACCAAUCAAAUGAUGACCCUUCAGGAAUGUCCAUCAUUUGCAUCAUUUCCUGGACUAUUGGUGUCAUGGUAACAGUCGGUUUUAUCGUCAUGUUCGCCAAGUGUCUCAUGGGUCGUCGAUGCCCGCCAUGUCCGCCUCCAACGACACCAGGACCUCGGAGCCAAGGACCUCUAUACCCUGGGCCCAGGUACCCUUUGUACCCUGAGCCUAUAGGUAUUGCACCUUCAGGCCCUCCGCCUCCCCAAGCAUACGAAGGCGAUCUUGAACAAGGAAGCAUCGAUGAACGUGCCGAUAGGACCGCCAACGAACGUGCCGUUGGAACCACCAAGGACUCGGAAGUUAUCAACCAACCCCGUGUACCACCACCUCCAUAUUGCCGACGAUGCUGA